UUCAAUGGCACUGUUUUGCUAUUUAAAAUAGAUAGUGUUAACCAAGCAUGCGUAUUGUACUAAGCAAGCAGUGCAGUAGGCAAAACAAACACAGCUGUGUGCAACCUACAGAGGAGAUGGGACCGCAAAAGAUGAUGUUCCCUUUCUGACAUACUGGACUUUAUGGUAUUCUGUGACUGUCACAUAGUCUGCCUGGAUGCAGAGGCAAACCAAGGUAACCAGGCCCAACUUUUCAGCUGUUCAGCUCACUCAGGUCAGCCAUCAGCACUGCACUAUAUUUACCAGCUUCCUGGGUUACACAAGCCAGCCAAGGGGUGUGCACUCGAUUCCUCGACCCCAGCCUCUGUCCUCUGGAUAAGCUGAGCUCUUCGUCACUGCCAUAGUAAACACACAAAAAGCAUGAUGCACGGCCUACCGCUGUGGGAACAGACAUGAGAAGGGUCACAUGUGAGACCCGGAUGACCGCAGCCCUCCAGACUAUUCUAGCAUGGCCGGAAUAUCGCCUGAGACCUUUCCAUUCAAAGACCAAGAGCUCCCUGCUCAUCUCCUGUUUCAGUUGAACAUAUUAAGACAAGAGCAGAUCUUCACCGAUGUUAUCUUGUGCACCGGAGACAAGGAGAUCCCCUGCCACAGGAACGUCUUGGUUUCCAGCAGCCCGUACUUCCGUGCCAUGUUCUGUAGCAAUUUUCGAGAAAGCAGCCAGCCUAGAGUGGACCUGAAAGGCCUAGCGUCACAAGUCAUCGAAUGCAUCGUGGAUUACAUUUAUACGGGAACCAUCACCAUCACCAUGGAGCUUGUGCUGCCAUUGAUGCAGGCGGCCUCCAUGCUUCAGUACGGAAGGCUUUUCGAGGCCUGCUCCACGUUCCUACAGGAGCAGCUCAAUCCGGACAACUGCCUGAGCAUGAUCCGGCUCUCCGAAAUCCUUCACUGCGAAACCUUAAAGGAGAGGGCAAAAGAAAUGGCCGUGCGUUGUUUUUCCGACGUAGCUGCUUCGGAGGACUUUUGUGAACUUUCGCUCCCCGAGCUCAUGUGCUACUUGGAGGACGACAGGUUGUGCGCCGAGGAAGAGCAGGUGUUUGAAACACUCCUGGCUUGGAUACACCACGACCCCUUUUCGCGACGCGGUGCCAUUCACGAUCUGUUCAAGAAGGUUCGGUUGAGGUACAUCCAUCCUACGUACCUCUUCCAGUUUAUCGCCAACGAUCCGCUCGUCCAGUCGUCUACGUUGUGCACCGAGAUCAUCGAGUCUGUUCGCCGUCUGAUGUUUUCCGUUAGCGCGAAGUGCACCCGGGAAUUAAAACCGUUGUGGACCACGCCACGUCGCUACACGUGCCAUGAGACUCUAGUGGUGGUUGGAGGCCGCAAGAACAACGAACAGACGUCUCGAGAGGCACUGCUCUAUGAUGAGAGGACACAGAGAUGGCAAUGGCUAGCUAAACUGCCUUUGCGGCUGUACAAGGCGUCAUAUGUCUGCAUCCACAGCAUUCUGUACGUGGUUGGAGGACUUAGCUUAAGUCUCAUUUCUGGAGAAAGUGCAGUCAGUGCUACAGUGUACACCCUUUCAUUGAAGACCAACCAAUGGAGGACCGCUGAGCCGAUGCUGGAGCCACGUUACGCCCAUCAGAGCGUCUCCUACCUUCACUUCAUCUUCGCUCUUGGAGGUAUAGGGCCGAACACACAGAUCUCGAAUACGGUGGAGCGCUACAACAGCAUGUUUAAUCAGUGGGAGUCCAUGGCGCCGAUGCCCACAGCAGUCCUGCACCCUGCGGUUGCCGCCAACGAUCAGAGAAUUUAUGUGUUUGGAGGCGAGGAUGCCUUGCAGAAUCCUGUAAGGCUUAUACAGGUGUAUCACAUAUCCCGGAAUAUGUGGUCUAGACUUGAAACCCGGACGGUGAAGAAUGUCUGUGCGCCGGCUGCCGUCAUAGAAGACAAGAUUUAUAUUGUCGGAGGAUACACAAGAAGAGUGAUUGCCUAUGACACGAAAGCCAACAAAUUUGUCAAGUGUGCAAACAUGAAGGAGAGGAGGAUGCACCACGCGGCCACAGUCAUCAAUAACAAACUCUAUGUAACUGGAGGACGCUUCCUCAACGGUCAUGAUGUCAUCGAGGACUCAGACUGCUUCGAAUGCUACGACCCUAAAACUGACGUGUGGACUUCCAAAGGCUCUCUACCAUACAAGCUGUUUGAUCACGGCUCGCUAUCUCUGAUCUCCGUCUCCAACCGUCCCAACCCACCAUGACCAUCCGACACCUCUGCCUGGGCGUCCCGUUCACUCCCCUGCUCAUUAAGGGAAAUGAGAAAUAUGGGCUCACAGCUGAGACUGGAAAGCAUCUGAGGAAGGUUGCACUCGUCUGGGAGCUGAGUAUAUCUCUGCUGUGGCUUUGAUGGUGCGCUGCUGGUGCUCGCCAGCAUCUGUGUCGUCUUAAAUCAAAAGAGAUUUGAGCUGGCAAUUGGAAGUCACAGUGGACCACAGGGAGUACAGCCCAGGACCUCCAAGCAAACGGCAGAUUUACUGUAUGCAAUACACAGCUGCUGAUGCAAAAUCUUCAGACACGUGUCUCUUAUCACAAUCUCCCACUAUAUCAGAAUGACUUGAGUAGCUUUAAUUUGUUAAAUAGACAGUUCACCCCAAAAUAAAAAUUGUCAUCAUUUACUCACCCUUGAGUUGUUUCAAAUCCGUAUACAUUUCUUUGUUCUGAUGAACACAGAGAAAGAUAUUUAGAAAAAUGCUUAUAACCAAACAGUUGUUGGCCGCCAUUAACUACCAUAGUAGGAAAAAUGACUAUGGUAUACUCAAACGUGCCCCAGAACGGUUUGCUUACAUUCUUCCAAAUAUCUUCUUUUCUGUUCAACAGAACACAGAAAUUUAUG